AAUCAGCGAGUGCACUGGCGCCUAGCCCAAGUCGGCGUGUCAAGUCUGCAUGCCCAGUCGUCAGCGUGCUGCAGCAUCUCAGUGUGCUGCGGUUGUUGAUAGUUGAUCUUUUCUGCUGAUUUCUGGCCACUUUGACUUAACAGCCAUGCCGUCAGUUCCCUUGUCCAAAGACAGCCCGGUCAAGACCCCCCUCUGCCCCCAUGCUGCCAAGUUGCACCACCACACCAACGGUGACACCAAGCUGCGGGAGGGCUGGCUCCCGCUUAAGGCUGACAUAGCAACUGCAGUGGAGGACACCGCAGAGCCGAACAGCGGCAUUCAGAGGAAAUGGAUCCGACCCGAUCUCCCCAGCCGCUGCAAGUGGAGCCUGGAGGCCUCACAGGCAGAUUCGCCCCAUGCUCAUAUCCCCAGAGCGGCGCCACCUACCAUUCUUCCAAACAUCCUCCACAGGAUCGGUGACACUCCCAUGGUGCGGAUCAACAAGAUCCCCAAAACCUUUGGACUCAAAUGUGAAAUAUUGGCCAAGUGUGAGUUCUUCAAUGCCGGAGGCAGUGUCAAAGACAGGAUCAGUCUCCGCAUGGUGGAGGAUGCGGAGAGAGCGGGCACCCUCAAGCCGGGAGACACCAUUAUUGAGCCCACCUCUGGCAACACUGGUAUCGGAUUGGCCUUGGCCGCAGCGGUGAAAGGCUACCGCUGCAUCAUCGUCAUGCCGGAAAAAAUGAGCAUGGAGAAGGUGGACGUCCUGAGGGCACUCGGAGCCGAGAUUGUGCGCACCCCGACCAGCGCUCGCUUCGAUUCCCCGGAAUCCCACGUGGGCGUUGCCUGGCGUCUGAAGAACGAGAUCCCCAACUCUCACAUCCUGGACCAGUACCGCAACCCGAGCAACCCUCUGGCUCACUAUGACACCACAGCUGAGGAGAUUCUGGAACAGUGCGAUGGUAAACUGGACAUGCUGGUGGCAGGAGCCGGCACUGGAGGAACCAUCACAGGAAUUGCUCGCAAGCUAAAGGAACGUUGCCCCAAUGUCAAGAUCGUGUGUGUCGACCCGUUAGGCUCUUGCCUCGCAGAGCCAGAAGAACUGAACAAGACGGAUAAGACCCAGUAUGAGGUGGAGGGCAUCGGCUACGACUUCAUCCCCACCGUGCUCGACAGAUCAGUUGUUGAUAGCUGGUACAAGUCCAACGACGAGGAGUCGUUCAACAUGUCUCGUAUGCUGAUCAGGGACGAGGGCCUGCUGUGUGGAGGGAGCUCUGGCACCGCCAUGGCAGCCGCUGUCAAUGUUGCCAAAGACUUGAAAGAGGGCCAGCGCUGUGUCGUCAUCUUGCCAGACUCGGUCCGAAAUUACAUGUCCAAAUUCCUGAGUGACAAAUGGAUGGUACAGAAGGGCUUCCUGAGCGAGGAGGACCUCAUGGUGAAAAAACCUUGGUGGUGGAACCUCAACGUGCAAAGUCUGAACCUGUCCGCGCCUCUCACCGUCCUGCCGACUGUCAGCUGCCAGAGGACCAUCAAAAUCCUCAAAGAGAAGGGCUUCGACCAGGCGCCUGUGGUGGAUGAGUCAGGGUUAAUCCUGGGCAUGGUGACUUUGGGGAACAUGCUGGCCUCCAUUCUUGCUGGGAAGAUCAAGCUGUCAGAUCCGGUCAACAAAGUGCUCUACAAGCAGUUCAAGCAGAUUCGUCUGCUAGAUAAUUUGGGAAAGUUGUCCCGCAUUCUGGAAACGGAUCACUUUGCCUUGGUGGUUCAUGAGCAGAUCCAAUACUUGACAGACGGCUCUCCUAGUCUAAAGCAGAUGGUCUUCGGGGUGGUGACUGCAGUCGACCUGCUCAACUUUGUCACCGGCCGUGAGCGGAGGGAGCGGUCUCUCUCCGAGUCGACGGACGAGCUGUGACUGUAAAAACACACCAGGCGCGAUUGUAACAUUUCUCCAGAGGCAUAGUGUACGUACACCGAUGUGCUCAGUUAAUUUGUCUCAAAUAAGUUUUUUUUUUAAUUAGGAUUCCUUUUUUCCCCAUAUAAUUUUUGUUUUUGUGUACUUGAGUUGUUGCUGUAAAAUGAAGCUAUUUUAAAAUUUGUUACGCCGCUCAUGUAACCGGAGAUAGAGCCAUUUACUCUUUUAAACAAUUAGCUGUUACAAAGUGAAUCUCCUUUCCGCUACAAAACGAAGUACAAAUGCAAUGCAAAUAGUAUUGAGGCCUAUUUUUGUUGUAGGAUGAAGACCUUUGGUUUCAGAGUCCAAAAUCAAGAUGAAAUGGGUUGACAUUUAUCUUAGGUGAAAAAUAUUUCAAGUUGCAUUGUAAAUUGCUGCUUGUGCUUUUAAGUAUAAUCGUAUCAGAAUGUGUAUGGUGUUUCUUGCUUUCAUCGCAGUGCCAGUUAUUUGAAGUGAUGGGGGGUGGGAAAAAUGUUUUUUGUUUACUCAUCUCACUGUAAUAAUGAAUGUGUCUCUUUCAAUAAAGAUCCUGAACUGUA